CUGCUUCAAUUUCACAUUAUUAUCCGACACCAGAAAAAGAAACCGAAAGCCAAAUUCCUUUCCAACUUGAAAAUCCACCAAAACUCAAAAUAGAUAAACGCAAAGGAUUUCGAUUUGAGAUAUAUAUAUUCCAUCUAUAAAACACCAAACUUAUAAAGCCAUUUAUUCUCUACCCAUCUCAUUUAAUUUUAUAUUUCCUCUACUUUCAUAGUCUCAAACCUUUCCUUUUGGUUUCCCUAUCUUUCUCAGUUCAAGAGAAAAUAAUCUCCAUGGAUGAUCUUGAUUGUGACUGUGAUUUUGGCGAUGUGGAUUGUGAUUGCGAUUGUUGUUGCUGCUGCCGCUGCAAUGAUUGUGAUGGCGAUGAAAGUUGUCGCGAUUUAUGCUCUUGGGACAAAAUUUGCUGUAUCAUGUGCAUUAACGUAGAUAAUAAUAAUAAUAAUAAUAGAAAGCAUGAUCCUCAUAAUGACACGUGCUACCAUUUAUGCUGUUGUUGCUGUUGCGAUGAUGAUGAUUAUCCAAGAAAAAGACGACCAACCCAAUUGAAGCAACAAGCAUCCAAUCCCCAAACCACGAAGCAAAACCAAGAAGAGAUUAGGAGGAAAGAAUCUGAAAUGGAGCAUGCUCCAGGUUGCCCAUAUCGUGGAUCACAUAUACCAAAGAAUAGAUGUCGAUAUAAAUGCUGGUUAGCUUCACCAUCACUUGAUUUAGAUCCUCCAAUGGCUCAGCGAUUCCAAACGCUAGAUAGAGAGAUGUAUAUGAGAGGGUAUGAGUCCUCGGAGAAGCAGAAACAUUAUUGGUGAUUUAUUUGGUUGACUAAUAAGUUAAUUCUAUAUUAUGAUUAAGCCAAUUUAGGGGUUAAUUUUAAUUGAUUU